CCAAUGCCGUGCUGCGGUAUCGAUAAAUCCUUGGUUUCUCCUGAUGUUCGGGGCGAAAUUCUUACUGUAUUUUCUGGCGGACUUCCACGAGCCUCAUUUUCUGAUACUCAUGCUGUGUCAGUUAUACGCGGUGCUGUAAAUCAGCAUAUUUGCUUCGAGCUUGGUUCUCCUAUUGUUGACUUUCUCCUGAUACCGGCUCCAGGUUUUGCGGCAUGCAAGGAGAACUCCGGUCUCGAGGCCGCAAUAAAUCAUGAUGGUGGGAUGAGCGACAAUCUUGUCGCCAACCCUUUUGAGUCGAAUUCACCUCACCACAACCCCGCGUUUUCGGAUAAACCUGUUUCCGGUGAAUUCAGGAAAGAGCUUCUCAACGAGCCUAAUACCACUUCUCGCGAAAAUAGUUCCUCAUCACCCAGCAAGUCUUCUGGGCCAAAAAGAUUCUCUUCAUUUGCGAGUCACCGUCGUCAUCCGAACUCGGCGAUUUCCAAGUCCACUGCUGUGCGGCACUUCUCUUUUCGUCACAAGGCACCUCCGUCUCGUCUUGAAUCUGCCGGUCAGAAUCUUCCCGUUCAGCAGCAAAAUGAACCAGUCGAAACAGAUAUGAAUAGACUUGUUCAUAUCUCGCGCCCUUCUUCACCUCUCCCGGCCUCUGCACUUCUCAUCCUCUCACGGCGUGAACUUGUUGCUAUUGAUUUGACUCAAGCCGAAUGGCCUGUUCUUCUUUCGCCUUACCUCACCUGCAUUGACUGCUCCGAGAUCACUGCUAUUGCCCACAUAGACAAGAUUCAAUUUGUAAUAUUUUUUUCAUGGAUUUCAAUUUGA